UCCUCACACUGAGAUUUCUCUCCUUAUCAUUCCAUUGCUUGUAAUCAUUUGAUUCCUUCUAAGUUAUACACUGGAAGUUGAAUCUUGAUAUUAAUAAAACAGUACCUUAUUCCUCUGCAUUUAAUAUUCUUCCAUUACACUUACGUGGAAAGUAAAAAGCGAAUUUAGAAAACCAAACGGAUCGUUUUAACUAUUUCCUACUCCAGAGCCAAACGCGGGCUCUCGCGCGUUAAUAUAAAUUCUGCGUCACCAUGGCGCGUAACCGCAUUUGAACUUUACUCUGAACUGAAUCGUCUUCGCAGAGCAAUAACAGAAUAGGGCGAGGAAGAAGAUAAAAGCUUAAACUCUACACUCAGAUUUCUAGGGUUUCAUUUCUCGUUUUCGGUUUCGAUCUUCGCAAUGAAGAAGCUAGCAUUUCCAAUCUCCACAAGCCUCGACAAAUUCAAAUCGCUGUACGGCACCACACCGGGAACUGCGAAGCCGUUAUCAUCGCUCUCCGCGCGUCAAACUUCCGAUUCCGUUUCAUCGGGAAGUUUCGCGAAUCUGAAGCUAACCGCAGAGAAAUUGGUGAAAGAGCAAGCAUCGGUGAAGACUGAUCUUGAUAUUGCGAAUACUAAGCUAAAGAAAUCUCUGGAGCAUAUCCGUGCAUUAGAAGAAAAAUUGCAGAAUGCGUUCAAUGAUAAUGCGAAGCUCAAAGUGAAGCAGAAGGAAGAUGAGAAGCUAUGGAAAGGACUUGAAUCGAAAUUCUCAUCGACUAAGACUCUGUGCGAUCAACUUACGGAGACUCUACAACAGUUGGCUGCUAUAGUUCAGGAUGCUGAGAAAGAUAAGGAAAUAUUGGAAAAUAAACUCUCAGCAAGUUCAGAAGCUCUUGAGAGUUUGAACAAACAGAUGGAUGGUUUGUCUUUGAAGCUAGAUUCUACACAGGAAACAAUAAAAUCUCGUGAUAAUGAGCUAGAGAAGCUAAAGUUCUCUGCAGAAGAAAGGGAGAAGUUUCACAGCGAUGAAAAGUGCAGAGCUACCAAUGUUAUACAAGAGAAGGAUACCAUGAUAAAGAGUUUAGAAGACAUGUUAACUUCUAGUAGAUUGGAUACAGAGACUUUGAACUCAAAGUUGGGAGAGCUUCACCUUCAACUAAAAGUCAAAGAUGAAGAAAUUACACACCACAUAGCCUGUCAACAGAAAUUGGAUAAAGAAAAAAGUGAUCUUCAAUUAUGCAAUGCUGAUCUCAAUGAAAAGCUUGACAAGUCACUUCAGGAAAUCAAAAACCUUGAAGAAUCACUUCAGUCGAUGGCUACAAAUUUGUUGAAUUUAGACAAAGAAAGCUUGAACCUUGUGAGCAAGUUUAACGAAAUGAACUCUCUCUAUACUUCUUGCUUCACGUUGGUCCAGCAUGAAAGAGAUACUUUCUCGAAGCAUGCUCGAAACCAGUAUGAUGAGCUUCAUAAUAAGUUCUUGAUCUUGUCAUCCGAAAAAGAUGGAAUUCAUAUGAUAAAUCAAGAGCUAAGCAAUAGUUUGAAUGAUCUUCGCAAAGUCCAAGAGUCUGCUUUAGCACAGUAUACAGAGGAUUGUCGAUUAUCUGCCGAGAAAAUUCAGCGUUUGGAGUUAGAAGUGGAAGAUUCAAUCUCAAAGAAGGAAGAAGCAGAAGUAACUAUUUCCAAAUUAGAGGAGAAAGCUGAAAUUCUGUUAGAGAGUGUUAGAUCAUCGGAGAACCAACUGCAAGGUUUACUACUCAAAAUUUCAGCUUUAGAGACUGAAAGCAAAGAAAAUAUGGAAAGAAUGCAGGCAGACAUCUUGAAGAAGUCAGAGGAAAUUGAUACUCUGCAAAAGGAGAGGAUGAAAGUAGAGGAACAUGCAGACUCUUUUGACAAAGAAGUCAUACAGCUACAUAAAGUCUUAGAGGAAAAAGAACAAUGCAUUUUGCACCAUAAGGAACAGGAAAAAAAGCUGGAAGAUCAGAUCACAGAGAACCGGUCGUUAUUAACUGCUGCUGAAAGUAAACUCGCAGAAGCUAGAAAUCAAUAUGAUCAAAUGGUAGAAAACAAGAAGUUGGAAUUGUCAAAGCAUUUAAAAGAAAUAUCUCAGAGAAAUGAUCAGGCUAUUAAUGACAUUAAAAGGAAGUAUGAGCUAGAGAAAAUGGAAAUUGUCAACAUGGAAAAACACAAGGCUGACAAAGCUAUCGCAGAAAUUGAGGGAAGGCGUGACCAAAAAUUUGCAGAAUGUAAAGAAGAAUCAAGGCAGCAGUUGAUGCACAUUCAGGAGGAACAUACUAAGCUGGUUACUCGUAUGCAGGAGGAACAUGAUAAGAGGCAACUACGCCUGCAAGCUGAACACGUUGAACAAUUAAAGCGCACCCAACUGCAGGCUGAAAAUGAACUAAGAGAGAAAACAACGUUUAUGAGGAAGGACCAUGAAGCUCAGAUUAAAUCAUUAAGGUGUGAACUUGAAGAUGAGUGUCGGAAGCUGGAAGAGGAAUUGCAUCUCCAGAAAUCCAAAGAAGACAGGCAAAAGGCUUUGCUGCAGCUGCAAUGGCAAGUGAUGAGUGACAAGCCAAAAGAAGACCAAGAAGUUAAUUCAAAACAGGAAUACUCUGUCUCAUCGAUUAAGAGAAGGAGUCCUUUUGGUGGGAAAGUGAGUCAGCGUGAAAUAGAAUCUCCUUACUUAGAAGAAACAGAAGCACCAGUGCCUAAGUUGUUGAAGAAAGUGGAGAAUGUAAAAGCAGGAAACGCAGGAGGCAUUCCUAAGCAUCAUAGAAAGGUAACUCGCCGCGAAUAUGAAGUUGAGACUUCUAACGGAAGAACAAUUACAAAGAAAAGGAAAACAAGAAGUACUGUCUUGUUUGAGGAUCCAAGAAAACAAAAGAUAAAUACACCAAAAACAAAUACCCCUAGAACCGUUGUUAAGAGUAUGAGGGCUGAAGGCCAUCCCCGUCCUACAACUAUCGGUGAUUUGUUUUCAGAAGGGUCUCUAAAUCCAUAUGCAGAUGAUCCUUAUGCAUUUGAUUAAAGGUAUUUAUAAUCUAUAAAUAUAACCCUGAAUUUUAUUUCCUUUGAAAUAAGAUGCUUGCUCCUACUAAAAGCCAUAAUAUAAUUACUGAAGCCCUUUCAUCACUUCCUAAUUUUGUCUUAGUGAUACAAAGUUCUAACUAUUUACUUAAAAUAAAGAUAUGAAGUUCAACAAAUACUGAAUAAUAAUUUUUUUUUGAAAAUUCUUCAACUUCUCUGACUUUCUCAGCCACACCCUUUGCCAGGGAAUAAGCUUGUAGUUAAAUAGUUUAAAUCUAAACCAGUGGAUAUUUGAUGACACGUCUUCUGAACUAUAUAUUUUCUAUGGCUAUGUUCUUGAACAACCACAGGAGAGGUGCCCAAUUAUUUUGAAAGCCUGAAUUUUUCGCAGCUUGUUUUUUCAUGUUACAUUAUGAUAAAGAUGAAAAGUAUAUUACUAAUUGAUGGCAAGAACUAUUUCAGAUGAAAAAUACCCGCAAAACCUAGAGCAAAGCUCCAGACUCAGCAACUUUUGUGCCCAUCAACAAAAUUCCCAUUACUGAUUCCUCCCACUUGACUCUUAUAUUUUCUUUUCAGUUUUAUUCCUCCUCAAUUUUCACUUUUUUACACACCAGCUUUUAGUUUCAUUUGCAGUUUCUGUUGAGUUCUUUUUUUAUCCCUGAAAUAUGCAUCUCUCCCUGAAUAUGCAUCACCACAUGCCUAAAAUUCAGCCAUGUUCUCAGGAUGAAGUCUUAAAAUUUGGAAGUAUCUUCUCAUACAGUGAUUAUAGUCUCUUUUAUGGUUUGUCCUUGUCAACGAUUAGCUUAUUUAGGCGUUUUCUUCCCCUAUUCUACAGUAUUUCGAGUAAUCAAUUCUUUCAAAUGUCAUUCCACACCUUUGGCUUCCACUACCAUCCCCUGAGAGCCACAUGCCUGAAUUUCAAUCAUGUUAUCUUAGGGCAUUUUCAAAGCAUCUUCUCAUAUAAUGUCUUCUAUGGACUGUCCUUCUCAAUGGAUAAAUGAUUUGGUGUUUUCUGCCCCUAUUUGCAAUAGUUUCCGUGUGGGUAGAUCCUUUACAAAACCAUAUUUCUACACAACCCUCUUGAGAGAUAUGAGAAAAUGGAUGAACUCUAGAAGUAGCAGGAAACAUGAGCUUAUAAGCUACUGGACCAAUUCUUUCUAUCAUUUGAUUAAGUCCAUACAGUAGUACACCAAGUCAAAUACUCCCUCCUGUCAAUCUAGUCCCUUGUUACAGACUCCGCGCUUAUUUUUCCCAGAAGAUAUUGGAUAAUGGUUAGUCUUGGCAGCUUUCUAAUUACUUGAUAAGUGGUACUGUGGUAGUGUUGAAUAUGUUUAUGACUCCUAUCAAUUUAGAAAUAGGUUAAUUUUAGACCAUAUAAAAUGCGAGUACUUUAUACGGGACUGGUGAGUGGUGAUGAAUAAAAUAUACUUUUUUUGGUUAAAUAUAGUGAAUAAAUUUCUAAAAUAUUUAUAGGAAUCGAAAUUAGUAUAUUUUCCCAUUGGAUUCUUGUUUUUGCUCCUCCCACUCCAUCCUAUCUCCACAAAUAACUAAAUAAUAACUCAGAUUCAGGUUGUCUGCAAUCAAAAUAUACUCCAAUCACUUUAAUCAGCAUGCCUCAAUUGUUGGAUCAAGAUUGGACAAUUUAAAUUCCUACAUUACUGAAUUAGAUUUCAAUUACAAACUUAGAAUAUGAAUCGUACAGUCUUACCGAUGGCUGAGUUAUACUACUGAAAGUAAUGACCGAAUGGUGUUUUUACUCCAUCUAAUCCAAAUUUUUAAGUUUUAAUCCCUCCUCUCAUUCGUUUGUAAGAUUUUAAGUAUGCUGAAUUGUUCAUAUCUGGAAAUUUAGCCAAUACACUGUUCCUUAAAGUCUUUCUCAAGGUUCUUAGAAAUAGUCUUUCCAUCUCUGUCCCUAUUUCCUUGGAUGAUUGCUUUAUCUCGUUAUGAUUUUCUGUAUUAGGCAUGGACUGCUGUUUUAUUAACUGUCAUAGUGACAUAAUUUAUGGAAGAGCAGUUUUACUGAAUUGAAAAAUAACCAGGCUGAGUGGAAACUAUGAAGUUGUCAUCAUAAUUCUGAGGAUUGUUGAUAGAUGUCAUCAAAUUUUACUGAACGUUUUUAAAUCUCAAUUUGUGAAAAUGGCUCUGAUUGGAUUGGAUUUCAAAUUAAAACUUGCGUUAAUUGCAGAAAUGAUAGGAAAGUGUUUCAAAAAAGUUGGCCAUUCUUUGUUUACGUCAAGGACUCCAAAUUUCACCUGGAUGAGUGGUUAAUCGGAAAAUUGUCUCAGGAUUUUGUAGGACUAAUUUUUAUUUCCUCCUCUGAAUAAGUACAUCUGACAGGCAACUGCUAUCCUUGGUCAAAUGGGAUAAUUUCAUGAAUUUCGCAUCCUUUAUUUGGUGUAUAAACUAAUUGAAAUUUAGAACUUCCUUUUAUACACACUCACACAACUCAUCUCUUACUAUUACUAACCCCUUCUUUCUAUAUAUUUUUGAAUGCUUGUACAUGUUCAUGUGAUUCUUACUGCAGUGCUGAGAGUGAAAUAUCUUUAGUUUGUGGCAAUAAAGUGAUUAAUCUUUGGCUUCUUGAUGGUUUCUUAUAGUGCCCUAUUUUUUAUACUAAUGGGUUUGAUCUGAACAUGGAAUGGAGAUUAAAAUUCCAUAUCUGUUGGUUUUGAUCUACAGCUGCUACCGACAGAAUGGCAGACUAUUGGUCUACAGAAGGGAUCUGACUAAUGCUAGUUCCCCGUGUAAUUUGUCAAUACACAACUGUUUGCUUGGUUGCAGUACAUACCAGUUCUUUGCUGGUGAGCUUGUAAAAUAAUAAAAGGUCCCAUGAGUUUUUUUUUUUCAUAAUAUGGACAUACCUCUAAAUUUCAAUCACUCUGUUCGUAAAUAUUUCUUUUAAAGGAACUAAAAAGAUGCACUAUAUCCCUUGCUAUUAUGAUGUGAUAGGUACAAUUUGAAACAAAAUAUCAAAGUGUAUU